CAUGUUCCUUUUCCGUAGUCGAGCUAGCUGUAAGCCUGUAACACUUGAACUUCGCCAUGGCCAGAUACUCGCUACCUCUCCUAUUCCUCAACCUAGGAGGAGAGAUGGUUUAUAUCCUUGAUCAGCGGCUUCGUGCACAGCAGGUCCCUGGUGACAAGGCUAAGAAAGUUCUGGUCGACAUAGUUGGUAUAAUGCUGAACCAAAGGUUCCUAGAGGAGCUCUUUAAGCCUCAAGAGGUUUACAACAAAGACGCGCUGCGCAGCGUGUUUCACGACUUGGCUCACGCCUCGAUAAUGAGGCUCAGUGAUGACAGCAUGGGCAAGCUGUAUGACCUCAUGAGGAUGGUAUUCAAGUAUCAGCUUUUUGCUGCUGCUCACCCCAAAGACCUGGUGCUGAUUACCUUGAAUCAUCUUGACUCAAUAAGAAACCUCGUUAAUAACCAGGCCAUUCACAAACAGCUGGAUAAUGCUUAUUUUCUUCUAAUCAAGACCUAUGGUCAGAUGGGCAACGGAGAGCUGCAGAGAUUAAGAUACCACAUUCUCAACUUCUUUCAAGAUAUGAGGAUUCGAGUUUCAAUUUUCAUGAGACAGAGUCUACAAAACAGCAGCGGAUGUUUUGUUAUAUCUCCAAGUUGUGUGAUCCCUUACGGUAAUGAAAUUCCCGGCACCAUAAGAGUGUACAGCAAUGAUGGUUGCAUUCAAGAUCUUUGCACCUUCACAUCAGGAGGAGAAUACAGUCAAGCUAGUGACGUUGGAUCCACUGAGCUGAGAGGAACCCGACACACCGUCCUUGGCACAAAUGUGUACAGUUUGUCCGGACGGGUCACAACAGAGGAGACCCAGGUGAUGGACCCAGCUGAUAGUGAGGACUACAGACAAGAAUUGAGUUUGUUGGCCAAACAGCUGUUGGGCUCUGUAACUCCCAGCAGCCAGGAGCACAUCAGACUGGACCUGUUCUUGGACCAGGACGGCAACACUCUUGAGGCUAAUUCCCCUGUGAAGCUUGACGUGACUAGAACUGAGGCCGAGCCUCUCUAUACUGAAAGUCUCCACAAAGUUAUGACGGAAAUGACCGUUAGUGGACCCAUGAGUGACCAGAGCAACGUCAAUGUUGUAGAUUUGCUGGACAAGUUCCUUUAA